AUGAAGUCUCUUCUCCGUUCAAAGCCUUCUGCGUCUUUGGGUUCUUUCCGAUUAACAACCGUAUUGAAUAGCAAGUCAUCAUCAUUGAAAAUUAUAUUUCCAAAUGAAAAAUGGGAUAUGACAAGUCAUGAGCAUCAAAUGGAUAAGAGUUAUUCCUCUUCUCUUCGAAAAUUUAUUGGUAACAAGAACGAAGGUGUUUUAAGCAUAAUUAAGAAGAAUAUUUCUUUUCAUAAUUUUCAUAUCAAUUUACUUGUAAAUCAACAGACUCAUGAUUCUCCAACUACAGUACCGUUUGAAAAUUUGAUUGAUCAAGUAAAAACUAUCAUACCACAAAAUGCUCGAGAGUUGAACUAUGAACAGUCAAAAGAAAAGCAAGAUUACAUUUAUUCAAUUAUACAACAGAUUCAGUCCAUAAUUAAAGAAAAACGAAUAUUGGCAAGUGAAAUAGAAUGGAACAACAAACUGAAAGAUAUGCACCUUGCUCAUUGGGAAAGCGAGUUUCAUGGAUUGAAACUUGAAAAUGCUAUUGAUGUGUUGUUAGCCGUCUAUUACUAUCAUCAGUUUGGCGGAAAUUUAAAAAACAGGUCACUUUACAACAACAUAUUUUCUAGCAUUGAUCACGCCAUUCAAGAGAAUAGUGACUGUCCGUUAUUGUAUCAUUUGAAGGGAAUAUUCUUUCAAAAAUAUGCAAGAGAUAUUUCGCUUCCAACCUUUAAGCAGGACGAGGCAACUCAGAAGUGUAAAGAAGGAAUAGAAUGUUUUGAAACUGCGCUCAAUAUUUACGAAAAGAAGGGAAUUAACAAUAAGGAUUUACCUCAUAACGAAAACGAUCUGUUGCAUUAUUAUGCAAUUCACAGCGAUGUUGCAAUUUUAAAUUUGUGGCUUUCUAAUAUGUACAAAUCGUUAGCAUACGUGAAACCAAAUAUAUCUCAAGAACUGGGUGACAUUUCUGAAAUGGAGAAGGAAUUUCACAAAAUGAUGCAACAACAAAUGUCGCAACAAGCCAUUCAGGAGUAUGUUGAGAGCAAACUGAAAAUUGCAAACAAUUCCGAUCCCGUUGUUGUAGAUGACAUGGAAAAGGCCUUUUUUACUACAGGCGAGAAAGCACUUCAACAUUUUAGAAAAUCGUUCGAGUAUGUCAAAGAACCAAAAGCUGUUUUUGCGUAUGCUGGAGCUUUAUUCUUGAUGGAAAGACCUGAAGAAGCUGCUGAUGGAUAUGCCAUGUUGCUCGAGAAUGGCAAAAAGCUCUACAACCAACUGAAGGAAGAAGCUCUUCAAAAAGAAGCUAUUUGCAAUUAUUCGUUAUGCCUUUUUCAUUUAGAGAGAUUUGAAAAGGCAAUUGAGGUGUUGCAAGACGCUGUUUCUCAUCAAUUUCCAAAUGAAGCACCGUUACAAGUGCUUCUUCUUCAUCUCAAAGUACAACAAUAUCCUAAACAAAUGCAAGAGAAUUUCCCUCAAGUCAUUGAGCAAAUGAGGCAGAAUUUCUAUGCACUAGAACAAUUAGAACGCGAAACUAUGAGGGGUGAUUUGAGAAAACCCAGUUACGACCCCAAGCAUCUACAAUUUUUCAAACAAAUAUGCACCAUUUACUUGUCAAAUAAUAAAUAA